GCCAACACGGACACACCCCUCGCUUUGCACCCUGUACCUCCAGGGCUGACAAACACAAGACACUGGGGACACAGAGAGCAUUGUAGCCGCUCAGCUGUUGAGAGUGGUCACAAGAAGACCUUGCAAAGAGCAGCAUCGAUAAGAACUGAAGACGCUGGAAAGACGGUGAUUUGCGAAAACUUUCCAGAGAUGCACUGACGCUCUCAGGCCUGAGCGCACUUGAGCCAAUCGUUUCGCGGAGACAGAAUCUCGAAGAACAUUAAAUCGGUUCUGGGCACGUGAAUACCGGGUCAGGUUUCCCUCAUUUGGGUAGAAUACGCGCGCAUUCUACGGAAGCCGGCAGACACCUGCUGAAUGCAAAGUGAGCUGAGCACAAAGCACAGGGUGGCACGGCUCGCCAGCGCCUGCCUGCGGCCUGGGGCCGUCCCCGGAGCAAGCUCGGGCUGUCGUCCCAACGCCGGUGCUGGGCGAGCCGUCACUGCACCCACGCCGGACCGGUCUCGCCACUCGCAGGCGUCCCGCUGCCGGGCGGCAGACCGUCUUCUACACAUUUGUGUUUUAGCUUCGUGCGACGUUUUCUCUGUGGACCACGAGGACGGGUGCCGCGUGAGCUCCGGCGACCGUCCGGCACGGUGAGGGACUCGGCGUGGGCGUUCGGUUCGCGGCCGACACGUGAACGGGUCAGACGCUCAGCUUCCAGAGAACGGAGGAGGCGUGGCGUGCAGGCAGCGGGAGGAAGCCUGCUUGGACACAGCUCAGCACACCGGGCUGGGCGGGCACGAGGACAGAUGGGAGAAGGCGCCGGGGGUGAAGGCUGGAGCCGCCGUCCCCUUCUCCAAGCCCUUGUUUCCGUGAGAUUUCACGGCACGGCGAGAGGCGUCCAGCAGCUGUGCGCGCCAGCUCCGGGCCCCGGACCCACCCAGUUCCACACUCCAUCAUUAUCCGAACACGCCGGGUAAGAAAAACACAGGAUACUGGGGAUUCCUUGGGAAAGCAUUUGGGCCCAUUACUUGGGCCCAUUUGCCCGAGAAGGGCCCCGUCCGUGCUCGAGGGUGCAGACCGCUGUUUGGGAUCGGAGGCCAAGUGACACAGUUGGGUGCGUGGCCACGUCCAGGCCAAUCAGAGACAUUCAGAGAUCUCGCUACAGAGCUUCCCGGGCUCCUCGCCGGGGGAGGGCUGGACGCAGAGCUCACAGCCGGCCACGGGCAGACUGUUCCGGGAGGCCCCGCGCUGUGAGCACAGAACUCUCACUGCCCUUGUGAGUCACAAUCCUUCUCGGUUCUCAGACGCGUCAUCAACUUGGUUUUCUCCCCAGCCGAGCCGGCGUCAGCCCCACUCCCUGCCUUGCCCUCCUGGCCUUCACCCGCGCACAGGGGCUGGGUCAAGAGGGAUGAACAGGGAGCGACCGAUUUGCGCGUCCUCCUGCGGUCAACGGGGACCCGGCAUGAUGGAAAGGAGUCUGAGGAACGUCCUGGUGGUGUCCUCUGGGUUCCUGCUGCUCUUCACAGCCUACGGGGGACUGCAGAACCUGCAGAGCAGCCUGUACAGCGAGGACGGCCUGGGCAUGUCGGCGCUCAGCACGCUGUACGGCACGGUGCUGCUGUCCUCCAUGUUCCUGCCGCCGCUGCUCAUCCGCAGCCUGGGCUGCAAGUGGACCAUCGCCGUCUCCAUGUGCGGCUACGUGGCCUUCUCCCUGGGCAACUUCUCCGCCAGCUGGUACACUCUGAUCCCCACGUCCAUACUGCUGGGGCUCGGGGCGGCCCCGCUGUGGUCUGCCCAGUGCACCUACCUCACCAUCGCGGGGAACGCCCGCGCACGGAAGGCGGGCAAGCUCAGCAAGGACGUGGUCAACCAGUACUUCGGCAUCUUCUUCCUCAUAUUCCAGUCGUCCGGCGUGUGGGGCAACCUGAUUUCCUCUCUGGUCUUUGGCCAGACCCCCAGUAAAGAGGCCAUCCCGGAGGAGCAGCUGGCCACCUGCGGGGCCAGAGACUGCCUGAUGGCCACCACGCCCAGCAACAGCACCCAGCGCCCCUCCCCGGAGCUCAUCUACACCCUGCUGGGCAUCUACACCGGGAGUGGCGUGCUGGCCAUCCUGCUGAUCGUUGUGUUUCUUGAAAACAUACAAGACGUUCAGCGGGAAGGUGGGGGAGAGAGGAAAUCACCGCCGUUCUGGUCCACGCUGCUGUCGACAUUCAAGCUGUUCCGAGACAAGCGCCUGUGCCUCCUGACCUUGCUGCCGCUGUACAGCGGCCUGCAGCAGGGCUUCCUGUCCGGCGAGUACACCAGGUCCUACGUCACCUGCACCCUGGGCAUCCAGUAUGUCGGCUACGUGAUGAUCUGCUUCUCGGCCACGGACUCGCUGUGCUCGCUGCUCUACGGGAAGCUCUCUCAGUACACGGGCAGGGUCGCCAUCUUCGCGCUGGGCGCGGCCACCCAGCUCUGCUGCUCCGUCGCCCUGCUGCUGUGGACGCCCCACCCCGACCAGCUGGCGGUGUUCUUCGUGUUCUCCGGCCUGUGGGGCGUGGCGGACGCCGUGUGGCAGACGCAGAACAACGCUCUCUUCGGCGUGCUGUUCGAGGAGAACAAGGAGUCCGCCUUUGCCAGCUACCGCCUGUUUGAAGCGCUGGGGUUUGUCAUCGCCUUUGGGUACAGCACGUUCCUCUGUGUCUACGUGAAACUCUACAUCCUCAUCGGGGUCCUGAGUGUCACCAUGGUGGCUUACGGCACUGUCGAGUAUCUGGAGUCCGAGAACCCGGGCAGACCGCUUGAGCCAACACAGGCGUGCCAAGAAGAGGUGAAAGAAAUACAGACAAAAAUGUGAGCGCGGCCGUCGUGGGGGACCCACACGGUGUCGCAGAAGCGUUCGGCUGAGGAUGCCUCGGGGUGGACAGUCAGUCUUCAGCGCUGCUUCAGCGUGUUUGCCGUCCAGAGACGUUGCGUGAUCUCACUUCUCGUGUAUUUUCCCACUCUGACGAAUUUUUAGCCCAUCAUCUCACCAAGAGAGGCCAGGAAUAUCUAUGAAGGUGUCAGUCCAUUUCAUUUUAGAUACAAAAGAAAAAUAUUUAAGGUGCAAUCCUACAUGAGAAUCAGAGACUUACCCGUAUUUUUGUUGAUGUUUGUAGGAGUCGGAAGGCUACCUGAAAUAACGGUAGUCUGACACCGUAAUUUUACAAAUGGGUAAACUUUUACACUUCUAAGGCCGCACACCUUGCAAACAGGUCUGAACGAGUCCACUCACCGAAAGCCAGGCUAGAGCUGAUGUCUCUUGAAACUCACGGAGUCUGAGUUGCUAAAUAAAUGUGAUUAUUUUAUGGACUUA